AUGGACAAACCGACAGAAUUUGCACCUCUGACACUGGAAGGUACCUCGGUAUUUACAACAGGUGUCACUCUUAUUGACAAAGUCACUUGUCUUCCCAAGGUGUCCAGAAACCUUUCGGUCAUCUUCAGUCCCUUGGAAUGUGGAAUAGAAGAGUACAGGGCCUCGACAUCCAAGCCUACCAAGUGGGUAUCUGGAGCUAUAUUGCAAGUCUCAAUUUCUCUCAGCAAAGUUGAAAUCAGUGUGGGACAGUCCAAGUAUUUUACAUGUACAGUCUUGGGUGAACCUGAAACAAUAGAGUGGUAUAGUCCACAAGGAGAAAAGAUAUCUUCUAAUCAGAGAGUUGUGGUGCAAAGGGAAGGCAUCCGAUCAUGGUUGACAAUUUAUAAUGCUAAUAUAGAUGAUGCUGGAAUUUACCGGUGUCAAGCUACUGAUUCAAAAGGUCAUACUCAGGAGUCUACAGUCGUUUUGGAAAUCUAUCAGAAACUGACAUUUGAAGAUGUCAGGUCACCUCAAGAAUUCAGAAAGGGUGAAGAUGCAGAGGUUGUCUGCCACGUCAAUAGCUCGCCUGCUCCCAUGGUCAGGUGGUUGAAUAAUGGGGAAGAUGUAACAGACAUUGAUGACAGCCGGUUUGCAAUGUUAGCAAACAAUAAUCUCCAGAUUAUGAACAUAAGUAAAAAAGAUGAAGGUAUUUAUAGAUGUGAAGGGCGAGUUGAAGUUAGAGGAGAAAUUGAUUUCCGAGAUAUCUUAGUCAUAGUUAAUGUGCCUCCAGUUAUCUUAAUCCAGCAACGAUCCUUUAAUGCAACUGCCGAUCGACAAGAAGAUAUUACCUUAUUUUGUCGUGCUACUGGCUCACCUAAACCUUAUAUCACUUGGCACAGGAACGGGAGAAUGAUUGAAGAAAAUGAAAAGUAUUUAUUAAGAGAAGAUAACACGGAAUUAACCAUAAAGAACAUUAUCAACAGUGAUGCAGGCUCCUAUACCUGCAGAGCAACAAACAAAGCUGGAGUCACUGAAAAACCGUCCUUUCUACAGGUGUUUGUGCAGCCUCAUAUUAUACAACUGCAGAAUGAGACAACUGUUGAAAACGGUCAUGCGACGUUGACAUGUGAAGCAGAGGGCGAGCCUGUCCCCGAGAUUACAUGGAAGAGAGCAAGUGAUGGGAGGACUUUUUAUGGUGGAGACAAGAGCCAAGAUGAAAGAAUAGAGAGCAUAGGACACCAUGGAAAAUCCUCCUUGAUCAUUAAAAAUGUGAUUUUAUCAGAUGCGGGAAGAUAUGACUGCGAGGCAGCAAGUAGAAUUGGUGGUCAUCAGAAGAGCAUGUAUCUGAACGUUGAAUAUGCACCUAAAUUUGUUUCAAAUCAAACUAUCUACUACUCAUGGGAAAACAAUACAAUUAAUAUCAGCUGUGAUGUGGUCUCUAACCCAUCACCAUCAAUUUUCUGGAGUAGAGACAAAAUCUUGUUACCAGCAAGGAAUAUAACAAAUAUAAAAACAUACAGAGAUGGGAAGAAAAUACUGCUAGAGAUAACUCCAAUAUCAGAGAAUGAUUUUGGACGAUAUAACUGUACAGCCAUCAAUUCAAUAGGAUCAAAGACCCAGGAAUAUAUACUAACUCUGGCUGAUGUACCUUCCAGUCCACAUGGUUUGCGCGUUAUAGAGCUGUCACAGACAUAUGCCAAAGUAUUUUUUAACAAGCCAGACUCACAUGGCGGAGUGCCAAUUCAUCAUUACCAAAUGGAUUAUAAAGAAGUGUCAUCAGAUAUUUGGAAAGUUGUCCAUUCGCAUGGAACUCAAACAAUUGUUGUCCUGAGCAAUUUGGAAGCUAAUAUGACAUAUGAAGUCAGGGUUGCUGCUGUAAAUGGAAAAGGACAAGGGGAAUAUAGUAAAACAGAAAUUUUUCAGACACUUCCAGUUCGUGAACCAAGUCCUCCAUCUAUCCAUGGACAGCCAGGCUCAGGCAAAAGUUUUAAGCUGAGCAUAACAAAACAAGACGAUGGAGGGGCGCCAAUUUUAAAUUAUGUAGUUAAAUACAGAAGUAAAGACAAAGAAGAUCAGUGGCUUGAAAAGAAGUUUCUAGGGAAUAAAGAUCACAUAGUUCUAGAGCAUCUACAAUGGAAUAUGGAUUAUGAAGUUCAGAUUAUAGCAACAAAUAGGCUGGGCCAAUCUGAGCCAACAAUGUAUGAGUUUAUAAUGCCUCCAAAACCCAACAUUAUCGCUGAUACUCUUUUCAGCGGCCUUGGAAUUGGAGCAGUCAUCGGUUUGGCAGUAGCAGCUCUCCUGCUAAUUCUUGUUGUGACGGAUGUCAGUUGUUUCUUCAUGAGACAGUGUGGAUUGCUUAUGUGUAUAACCAGACGGAUCUGUGGGAAAAAAACUGGCUCCAGUGGAAAAAGUAAAGAAUUAGAAGAAGGAAAAGCUGCAUACUUGAAAUUACUACUAAAGGAAGAAAACGGGAAAGAGGCUUUGAGUGCUGAAACAAUUGAAAUCAAAAUAUCAAAUGACAUCAUCCAAACAAAAGAAACUGACAGUAAAGCAUAGCAUGAUACAACAUAAUGUCAUACAAUAUGGGAGAUUGGUGAUGCAAACCCAUAAGUCAGUGCUCUGCUGCAGACAAUUAUCGGCUAAUCUUAGCUUUCGAUUGUAAGUAAAAGUGUCCAUAUCUGAAA